UCCACAAGAAUUUAUUUGCAUUGUUAUCAUCACCAGACAAUUAUUAGCCAAUGCACACUUUGUUUGUGUGAUCAAACCUGUCUGAAUCACUCAUCAAACACAUUUCACUUACUCACUCGCUAAUAGUUACCAAUGUAGAUAGACAGCAAAGCAAUGAGAUUGAUAGCAAUCAAUUUUUGAUGGGUGGACAUUUAAAUCCAACUGCAAUCAUUGUUCAAGCCAAACAGUUUGCAUGUUCUUCACUUCUCCGAUGAAGUUUCUCAACUGAACACACUCUACCUGGACUGACUGAAGAAUCUUUGCCAGUAUUGGCGACAAGACAAAUAAUAAUUAAGAGUCAAAAUGGUGGUCAGAGCAUUUCUCGACUGGUUCUGGAACCCUGAUGUGUGGCUUCCUCCAGGAAUUGACUGGAAAGACAUAGUUCCAAAUGAGAAGAUCAGAUACCCUGACCAGGGCGACCUACUAUAUCCUAUUCCUUUCGCUCUCGUGUUGAUCUGUGUGCGGUAUUUAAUAGAAAAAAUGAUACUCUACCCUUGGGGGCAAUUUCUUGGGUUGAAGAAAGUGAAUAAAAAGACAUUGUCUCUUCCGUCAAAUGAAGUACUGGAGAAAGCGUAUAAAAAUAAGAAAUCCAAGUUUACUCAUAAAGAAAUGGAAUCUCUAGUGAAGAGAACAGAUAUGGAUCUGAGACAAGUGGAGAGAUGGCUGAGAAAGAGGUCGGGAUUAGACAAGCCAUCAACUCUGACAAAGUUCAGUGAAAGCGGAUGGAGAUGCAUUUGUUACCUUGCCUCGACGAUAAUAGGGACAUACAUUCUGUGGGAUAAACCAUACUUUUGGGAUAUUAAUCACUGCUGGUAUGAUUAUCCUCACCAUAGUGUUCCCAACGACGUUUGGUGGUAUUACGCAUUCGGCUCCAGUUUUUAUUGGAGCUUAUUGAUUACUCAGACAUUCGAUGUGAAACGCAAGGAUUUCUGGGGAAUGUUUGGACAUCAUGUUGUUACCAUUACUCUUCUGGCAUUCUCUUGGUUCUGCAACUUGACUAGAAUAGGAACUAUUGUGUUAUUGUUGCAUGAUUGUGCUGACGCAUUCUUGGAGGCUGCUAAAAUGUGCAAGUAUUCAAAAUACGACAAACUUGGGGAUGUCAUAUUCUCAAUUUUUGUCGUCAUUUGGAUCGUCACAAGGCUGGGAAUUUUCCCUAUCUACAUUCUCAACAGUACGCUCAUUGAGGCUCCGAAAAUUAUUCCCAUGUUCGCCGCUUACUACAUUUUUAAUGGAAUGCUUACCAUAUUGCUCUGCCUCCACGUAUUUUGGACUUACUUUAUUUGCAAAGUUGCCUUUAAAGCUUUGGCUUCAGGAAAGGUCGAAGACACCAGAAGUUCAAGCGAAUCUGCUAAUGAUGACAGUGAAAGUGAGGAUUCUGUUGAAAAUAGCAGUAUAGCCAACCACAAUAAGAAUCAUCAUGUAAAAACGUCUUAGAGAUAGCACGGAACAAUACUUGACCACAUUCUUCAUAAUAAUAAUUAUACUGCAUAAUAAUGGAUGCCAUCAGCUUUAUCCUGUCGUCAGAUCAGUAUCAUCAAAUACGUCUUCAACGCUACUACCAAUAAAAAUCCACCGACUCGGGUAACAA